AUGCAGGACGAUUUACCGAAGAGCGAGACGGUCGAUCAUCACGACGUUGAUGAAUGGAGAUACUCACGCACUGCUGAUCGCCACGAGCUAUUACGUACCAUUCAUUAUCAACUGGCAAAUAAAGGACACUCCAUUUCUUUAACUAAUUUGGAAGACAUGGUGAAGAAAGGGACACACUCGCUUUGUAUUAGGAAUGACAGCACCGCAUAUGUCUACUUUACGAUGAUAAAAAUAGAAACAAAGAAAAUAUAUAAAUACAACACAAACUGCUGCAUUCGCAUUUUCGGUUAG